AUCAUACCAAACUUCUCCCCAUCUCAACGAAGCUGAAGUGAACAAGAGAGUUGGCAAUUCAUGGCUACUAAUCAAGAAAAUAAUCAGAAAGUCACCGUGACAAAGACAGUAUCUGUUUACCCCAAAUCUCUGCACCCUCCAGCACUGCUCAGUCUCUCAAAUCUAGAUAGACAAUGCCCAAAACUUAUGUACAUGGUCUUGUUCUUCAACCCAUCUCGUAGUCAACAACACACAUCAGUUCAGUCACUGUUCCAGACCUUGAAAAUAGGAUUGGAAGAAACUUUGUCAGUCUGGUUCCCAGCUGCUGGGAGGCUUUCCUUUAGUCAAACUGAUGGAAAGCUUGACCUUUUGAGUAACAAUGCUGGUGCAGUUUUAGUUGAGGCAUUCACACAGGUGAAGAUCUCAGAGCUUAGAGAUCUUCCACAGUACAAUGAGUUUUAUGAAAAUCUGGUUUUCAAGCCUGUUUUCAAUGGCAAUAUCUCUGAACUGCCUCUGGUUGCUGCUCAGGUGACACGAUUUGGUUGUGGAGGGUAUACGGUGGGUGUCGGUUCAAGCCAUGCUUUAUUUGAUGGACUAGCUACCUUCAAUUUCCUUAGUGCAUGGGCAACUAAAACUACCAUGAGGAGAGCAGAUGAAGGAUCAGAGCUUUGUGAAGCAGUACAUGAGAGAGGUCCCUUGUUGGUUGGUUAUCGUCGAGCCCAAAACCAGAUCAUUAGGUUGAAUAACAACCCGAAUCCGGUGACAAGUGUUGCAGCCUUCAAUCAUCUACAUCUAUUGAUAAAACAGGCAACCUCUGAGCCAAUGCUUGGAGGGUGCAAGUUCUCUAAGAUUGGGGGCUCAACCCAGGAGUCUUAUAUACUGAGUACCUUUCAUGUAGGAAGUGCAAUGGUGGAGAGCCUAAAGAGGAAAAUUAGCAGCCAUGCAUGUUCAUCUUUUGAGGUGAUGGCAGCCCAUCUGUGGAAGGCUAGAACCAAGGCCUUGGGACUGAGCAAGGGGAGAAUGGUGUGCCUACAAUUUGCGGUAGAUGCAAGGAAUAAGAUAGUACCCCCACUACCCAGAGGUUUUAGCGGAAACGCUUAUGUGCUUGCUUCUGUAUGUUGCACAGCAGGAGAACUAGAGGAAGCAAGCUAUGAUGGAACUAUUGAAAAGAUAAAGGAAGCAAAGAGAUCUGUAAACACUGAUUAUGUGAAUGCUUAUAUUGAGGCUCUGGAAGCACCACAGGUUACCCUCCCUCCACUGAGGGAGCUAACGAUGAUUUCUGAUUGGACAAGGACACCUUUCCACAAGGUGGAUUUUGGACAUGGAGAAGCAUCUUAUGCAUCUCCAUUGGUCCCUCCUCUUCCUCAGGUUGCAUACUUCAUGCAGAACCCACAUGAAACAAGGGGGAUUGAUGUGAGGAUUGGUUUGCUUCCCCAAUACCUGCAAGCUUUUUCUCACUACUUCCUCACUAAACUGCACUAAAAUCAAGUACCCAACCAUUGGAUUUCUUCUUGUUG